AUGUUCGUCAUGACGAUUUUGCCAUUUCUCCUGCUUGGCCCGAGUGCACUGGUCACAUUUUUCACAUUUUCCUGCGCGACUCGUCGAACAGACCCAGCAAGCAUGACAGUCAUCGAGCGGGUCUUAGAAAGCUUCUUCGAGAAAGUGGGCCGCGUCGUCGGCACUCACCCCAUCAAGAGUCUCGUCGGCAGUGUCCUCUUCGUGGUAGCCUGUGGUGGCGGGUUCUCGAUGCUUACGAACGAGACACGACCGGAGAAGCAAUGGGUCCCCACAGGAGCUAUUGCCUUGGAGCAUAACGACUACGUCUUGCAGACCUAUCCGUCCAACUCGCGCUUCAACCUCUUCUCCGUCACCUGCAACGACGUUGACACUGAGAAUUGCAACAUCUUUGAUCCGAAGUAUCUCCAGCGAUUCCACGAGAUCAACGAGAAGAUCCUGAACAUCACCAUCGACGGUGACGAGAUUGUCGCGGACUUGGACGAGCAGCACAAGCGAAGCGAAGGCGACAAUCGUCCUUGGACUCAGUAUGCCGGGGAUUGGACCUUCAAUGGGCGUCCGGAGAACGUGAACGGAAGCGUCGUUUUCCAGGGGCGCAAGUGCUUUGCCUUCGGGCCGUUCUGUGGGCGACAGUCCAUCUUGGAUGUGUUCAGGAGUGACGACCACAUCAUCUCAACCCUGACGGCCGACAAUGUGAAGCUGGCGGUAAACGAGUGGGAGGAUCAGGAGAACUUCUGCCCUCUCACCAUCGCAAAUGCCAACUCUCCAUGCUUCGACACGAACUGCCAGAGGUACGACACCACGGCCGAGCGCAACGCUUGCCGAGUCUUGGCACGCACCUAUUGCGACCAGGAGUGUCCCACCCGGACCUUCCUGAGUUCCACUGGUGAGGAGGUGACAGUGGCCAUCUCCAUGGCCAACUGCCACGAUCGCGGAUGCAUCACCCUCGGCAGCUUCGAGUCCGCCAACAACUCGAACACUCAGCUGAACACGGAUCCCAACGCCACAGGUGAAGCCCCCGAGAGCGCUUUCGAGUUCCAGCCGACCAAGAUUAGGACCAUGGUUGGUGGUCUCCAGCUAGAUGCCAAUCAGAAGUACACCGGUGGAAAGUACCUGUCCGGCUUCUUCGCGCUGAACAAGGCCGAGCUCUACUGCCCGACCGCAGGUGUCUCCGACCCAGUUGCUGACGAGUGGGAGAGGAGAGCCCUGUGCUUCAUGGGCGUGAACGCCGACACUCGCGCCGAGCCGAAGCUGGAUUGCUUGACGAUUGCUAGCACCCUUGGCCUCAUGGGCUACUUCGGCGUGCCCAACGGCAAUCUCAACAACAACCUGUACUUCCUGCUGCUGGGUCUGGGCGUGGAUGAUGCCUUCGUGCUAAGCUCCGAGUUUCUCCGUCAUUCUCGGGAGGACAGUGGGAAAAGCAUCCCAGACCGCAUUGCAGCAACCGCCCGGACGGGUGGCAUCUCUGUCCUCAUCACCUCCGCCACGGAUGCCCUUGCUUUCCUGGUUGGUGCUACCACUGUGCUGCCAGCGCUGGGCUGGUUUUGCACCUAUGCUGGCGUGUCCAUCGUGUUGUGCUACACCUACCAGCUCACCGUGUUCCUGCCCUGCCUGGCCCUGAAUGCCCGGCGCAUCGAAUCCAACCGCAUUGACUGCUGCUGCUGCUGCCGUGUGCCGGAGCGCUCAAUUGAGGACGUGGCAGUCGAUAGCUGGUAUGAGGAGUUCAUGGAGUGGGCAGUGGAUCCAUCCCAGGCAGUUACCGCCAGCGCUGUCUUCACGCCCUCUCGAACCGACCCAGAUGCCACGUUCCAGGAUUCGUCGGCCUUCUACACAGCUCUCUACACUUGGUACCGUGGCACCACCGGGUCCCGGUACCGGGGGUCCAUGAUCUGGGCUUCCAGUGCCUGUAACUUGGACGGUAGCUCCGAAGUCAUUCCGAGCGGCUGCAUGAUCACCGAAGGCCUCAGGGCUCAUCGCUUCAAUGCUGAGCUUUCGCUUGCAGCCACAAAUUUGGGCACCAACCGCUACACAACCAUGGAGUCCAUGCGGGCCAAGUGCAAUGAGCUGUACCCGGGCUCCUUCCCUUACAGCUUCGACUUCCUCUACUGGGAGGAGGUUGGCGUCAUUGACACUGAGCUGGUGCGCAACCUCGCGAUCUGCGGCGGCGUGAUCUUGGUGGUGAUUUUUGCCUUGGUGCCUGCACCGCGCAUCGCCAUCUGGGUGGUUCUGUGCGUGGCCUUGUCCAUCGUGGAUACUCUCGGCUUCAUGUACUUCUGGGACGUGACCAUCAGCGGCGUGUCCACCAUCUACCUUCUGAUUUGUGUUGGCCUUGCUGUGGAUUAUGCGGCGCACAUCGCCCAUAUGUUCAAGGAGUCUCUCGGCAGCCCCCGCGAGCGCGCAAUCGCAGCCAUCGAGCGCAUUGGACCAUGCACAUUCAAUGCGGUCACUUCUACGCUGCUUGCCGUCGUAGUGGUGGGCUUCUCUGAUAGCUACGUCUUCCGGAUCUUCUUCAAGGUGCUGUUCUUGGUGGUGACAAUUGCAGGAGCUCACGGAUUGUGGCUCUUGCCUGCCAUCCUUUCCUUGCUAGGUGGAUCCAAGGAG